UGUGAGGGGCCGGAACGUGAGGGGCGGGGCGGCGGCCGGCUUUUCCCCGGGGCGUUGGCGCCCGGCCCGGCGCGGAGGAGAGGCGGGCGAGCGGAACGGAGCUGUAGCGGAGAUGGAGCUUGUGGCGGCUCGGCUGCUGCGCGGCAGCAGGCUGCUGAGGAGAAACUUGCCAAGUUGCUUGUCCUGGAAAAUCCUACCUCAUGCACUCAAGUCCUCCCAGUCGGAAGCGCUACUCGAGACAGCAAGUAAUGGGCUACCCCUUGCUCCACUGCAAACAUUUACGGAUGAGGAAAUGAUGAUAAAGAGCUCAGUUAAAAAAUUUGCACAAGAACAAGUUGCGCCUUUCGUUUCCACAAUGGAUGAAAAUGCAAAGGUGGAGGAAUCAGUAAUACAAGGAUUAUUUCAACAAGGGCUGAUGGGUAUUGAAGUCGACACAAAGUACGGAGGAACGGGAGCUUCGUUUUUUUCCACUGUCCUGGUGGUUGAGGAAUUAUCCAAAGUCGAUGCGUCUGUAGGUCUCAUCUGUGAUAUCCAGAACACAGUCAUUAACAAGCUGAUUAAGAAGCAUGCAACAGAAGAGCAAAAGGCCACCUAUUUUCCAAAGCUGAUUACAGACAAAUUGGCAAGUUUCUGCCUGUCAGAAGCUGGAUCAGGUAGUGACUCUUUCUCUAUGAAGACGCGAGCUGAGAAGAGGGGGGAUCACUACGUCAUCAACGGGUCCAAGAUGUGGAUCAGCAAUGCCGGGCUGGCCGACAUCUUCCUGGUGAUGGCCAACGUGGACCCUUCUCGUGGCUAUAAAGGAAUCACGACCUUCAUUGUGGAUCGUAACACUGAAGGCUUACACAUAGGAAGACCGGAAAAUAAACUGGGGAUCAGGGCUACUUCAACCUGCCCGUUAACAUUUGAAAAUGUCAAGGUUCCAGAAACCAACGUCUUGGGACAAGUUGGACAUGGCUAUCAGUACGCCAUAGGAAUUCUUAAUGAAGGGAGAAUAGCAAUUGCUGCCCAGAUGUUGGGACUGGCCCAGGGAUGUUUUGACUAUGCUGUUCCGUAUAUCAAAGAAAGAAUGCAAUUUGGCAGAAGAGUGUUCGAUUUUCAGGGGCUCCAACACCAAGUGGCUCACGUGGCCACCCAGCUGGAAGCUGCAAGGUUACUAACGUACAACGCUGCUCGGCUUGUAGAAGCUGGAAGGCCCUUCAUCAAAGAAGCCUCUAUGGCCAAAUACUUUGCAUCUGAGAUUGCGGGGCUAACAACUAGCAAGUGUAUCGAGUGGUUGGGAGGAGUAGGAUACACCAAAGAUUACCCCGUAGAAAAAUAUUUCCGAGAUGCAAAAAUUGGGACCAUCUAUGAAGGGACUUCCAACAUCCAGCUGAACACCAUUGCCAAGCACAUCGAUGCUGAGUACUGAGCUGGUGGCAGGGGCCCUCCGGAAGCUGCACAUCCCUGCUGGAAGCUGCUGUGCCUUGCUGGGGGAGCAGAGCUCUGAUGUCCAUGCAUCCUGAGGCCUGUGGUCGCAGUCCUCACUCGAGACCUUUUCUACCUUUGCAGUCUGCUUAAUUUACGCACAGGGGGUCAUUUUUGUAGUUGGGAAGAAAUGCACCUGUAUUUUCUCUGAAACUGUCUUUAAACUUCUCUACAUGUUUCCGUUAUUAUAAUAUUAGAGCAUAUGGAGGUUUCGCUCCAUCUGCAUUUGGCAAAGACAGACAUUUGAAGUGUUAUUUCUAGAAAUGACCAUUUUAUAUUCCUAGGAGCACUAUAUCUUGUGUCGCCAGAGAAACAUCAUUUGCACAGUUUUUAAUUAAUACUUUAAAUAUUCUAGUUCUAAAUAUCUGAGAGCGAGUGGAGAAUUAAUGGUAGGUAUCGCUUUGUUGGUUCUAUAAUUGGAGAACAGUAAAAGAUGCAUUUCCUGAUGAUUUCAGCAGACCAUUGUGACAACAAGCCUCUGCACUGGUUCUCAAGGCUCAAGUCUGAGCGGUCGGUUUAAUAAUCAGAAAAUACUGGAUGUUGUCAUCCUCCUUCAGCGUGCUCUGCUUCUCAGCAGAGCAGAUUUUGUUCCUGAAUUUUAACCGAAUGUGAUUUCCUCAAACUCUGAGGCAGGGCUUUGCCCUGAACAAGAAUGCAGAAAUGGAGUUUUGGUUCAGAGAUUCUGCCGGCUGCCUCGAAGCAGUGUAUCAGAGUCAUAUCAGAAAUGAGAAACACGGGCGUGCCUCGGAGCUCAAAAAAGGAGAUUCAGUGUCAAGAUGAUUUAAUAUUCGCAAAGACAAAGAUAACUCUCUUGCUUUAUAAUACAAAUUGCAGACAGGCAGAACUCAACCAAAGAGAUAGCUGGCAAUGGCUCCGAGUUAGGAACACACAGGCCACGGCCGAGACCCCUUAAGUUCCCAGAGGCCAGUAGACCAGAGAGGAGCAUUUUCUGUUUUCUAAAAACAUUGGCCACAGGUUAAAGAUGAAAAAUGCCCCAAGGCUCAUGAAGUCACAUAAAAUAAUCACUAUUAUUAAGUGGAAAGUAUUUUAGCACUUUAAGAAAAGAUAAUGUUUGUUAAGAAAAUGUGAUGGGUUGGGGGGCAGCAAAAAAAAAAAGAAAAUGUGAUGUUUUCAAAGCAGUUUUGCUCUGCAUGUUCAUGUUUAUUCAUGUUCAUGUUUAUUAAUUUCUACAAUGCAAAUUAUAGUUAAACACUUCAAUUGUAGAAAUACAAUUGAGAUAAGAAUUACAUUUUAAAAAUUAGAGAAGGAAUUAAGGAUAAAUUUACACCUUGAACCC